UUAAUUAAACAAAGUUUAUUAUUUAGAUAAUAGAAAAAAUGAGUGAAAAAAUUUACGAGAGUGCUUGUUGAAAUUUGAAUGAAUGGCUUUUUUUUUUCUAAAAGAUCCAUGUGGAAUAAUAUGUUUGUUAAUUACAUAUAGUAGUAUAAUAUAUGCUGACUAUGUUGUUCUUGCAGAAAUAGUGGUUCCACAGCACGGAGACAGCAAAACAUGUAGUAUUUCAGGAUGUCUUCAUGUUGUGGUAUUUAAUGCUUUACUGUUUUUGCUUUUCUACUCUCAUGUCAAAGCUAUGCUUACAGACCCAGGUUAUGUUCCUUUUCCAGAGAUAGCUGUAGACUUUUCAGAAACUCGUAGAAGUAGUCGCAAGAAAAAUUUGAAUGAUGAUGACUGGACUGUAUGCAGACAAUGUGAAUUGUUUCGACCACCUAGAUCACAUCACUGUAGAGUUUGUAGAAGAUGUGUGCGCAAAAUGGAUCAUCACUGCCCUUGGAUAAACAAUUGUGUUGGGGAAAGGAACCAAAAAUACUUCAUACUUUUUCUUUUUUAUACAGGCUUAUCAUGUUUGCAUGCGCUUAUUUUAAUAGCAACUAGCUGGAGUGAUCCAAUUCCUGAUCAAAAUGAAAGUCAAAAAACAUAUCAUAGAAUCAGAUUAAUAGCAUUGAUUGUGAUUUGUCUUUUAUUCUGCUUGUUUGUUAUAAGUGUUUUAUAUGACCAGUUCUAUUCAAUAUGUUAUGAUGUCACAGCAAUAGAAAUUGGCACUAAAAGAGAAGGAAAAUCAACUAAAAUGAAAAAGCAACUACUCAUAGAAACAUUUGGGACAGGUUCUUAUCUAAAGUGGUUUUUUCCGUGCAGCUCUACACAUCUUGCUCAAGAUUAUCGUAUUGAUUACAACGUAUAAUGUUGUAUUGUUUUCGACGUAAAAAAUAUCGAAUACAACGCAUAGUACUUAACGUAACUUGCGUAAUUAAUUCUUGUUGUUACAACGAAAUAAUGGUUAACGAGAUUAUUUAAAAAUAAAAUUUAAUCUAUCUUUUGUAAAUAUGUAUAGAACUUUUUUAAAAAAAUAUUGAUUACACUCAA